AUGCGCAUGGCGAUGGGGAUCAUCACUACUCAGCGAUUCCUCGCCCCCAUGCAGCCGAACAUGAUCAUCACUUCGCCGGUUCGAGAACUCUUAGUUCUCUCGGAACUUCAGUGCGGCAUGGCUUGCAAGCAGAAUCCCAAGUGCUUCAGCAACUCUGUGACGCAGGCUUCAGGUACUUUCUUAUGCCGCUUCGGAUACAGAUUCGACGAACCGAGAACUGCUGAUGCAGGCAGCAAAUUCUUCUACAGAGAUGUACCAAUACCCACAGGGUACAGCAUUGUGCCGGGAACAAGGAGUUACGUGAAGAUGACCAUGACAAGCAUCAACGCGAUUGUGGCCGCGACCGCGUGCCAGAAUGAGAACGCUCAACUCGCUUCCUCCAACAAUGCAGCGGUGAACAGCUACGUAAGGCAGCUAAGGCAAAGUGUAUCACCUGGCUCAUAUAUAUGGGUCGGCGGGCAGAGCGUCACCAGCACCUACUAUUGGGUGUACCCAGACGAUGGCAAGCUCAUAGUACGCCUGUUAGCAUUGAAAGAACUAUCGAAGCGACAUACCGGCGCAUCAAUGAAAGCAAUAAUUGGUACAGUGCUGGAAGAGUAUGAGCUGUGUGAGGUAAACCUGUAUACCGUGACCACCGACAAUGCGCCCAACACGGUGAAAGCAGUUGAGCUUCUCGGUGAGGACGACGAGGCGGUCUCAGAAAAUCACAGCAUUGAAAGCGAUGCUGCUCUCGAUCGUCCUGAAGAUUUUCUCCAGACAUGCAUUUUGGUCUCAUGUCUGUCAGAACCUUUCGAUGCCCAGCUCGCUAUCAAGGUGCACUCGAUGACAGGGUAA